AUGGCUAACAACGCACGUCCUCUUAGGGACUACGCCGUUCCUUCCGAAGAAGAACCGCAUUCGAGCAUCGCGCCCCCUAACAUCGAAGCAAGAAACUUCGAGUUGAAACCCGCUUUGUUGCAAAUCGUGCAACAAAACCAGUUCUCCGGUUCCCCUACGGAGGAUCCCAACCUCCAUUUAUCAGUGUUUGUGCAGUACGCAGACACGAUCAAAGCCAAUGGUGUCGAACCCGAAGCAAUACGACUCCGUCUUUUCCCGUUCUCUUUAAGAGACAGAGCUAGAGCUUGGCUCCAAGCUCUACCUUCGAACUCCAUCACUACAUGGAACGAACUGAAGAAGCAAUUCUUGGCUAGAUAUUUCCCGCCAAGUAAGACAGCUAUGCUAAGAGCCCAAAUCAACGGAUUUAGGCAAAAAGAUGGAGAAUCACUCUUCGAAGCUUGGGAAAGAUACAAGGAUAUGAUGAGACUCUGUCCACACCACGGUUUAGAACAAUGGCUCAUAAUCCAUACCUUCUAUAAUGGGCUGCUUUAUAACACAAGACUAACCAUAGAUGCAGCCGCCGGUGGAGCACUGAUGGAUAAACCAUACCAAGAAGCCACUCAGCUUAUAGAAAACAUGGCCCAAAACCAUUAUCAAUGGGGAAGCGAACGCGCUGCUAUAGAGAAAUCCCAAACAAAAGGCGGUAUAUACGAAGUAAGUGGCAUAGACCAUGUCAACGCCAAAGUAGAAGCCCUUACUCAAAAGUUGGAGAGUUUAACCCUGCCAACCACAUCCACCGUAGCUGCAAUCCAACCAAAUUGCGAAGUAUGUGGAAUCCCUGGUCACGUACCAUCUGAUUGUUCUAUUUUAGCCGGACUCGACCAAGUGCAUUAUGCCGCUCUAUCCAAUAACUAUAAUCCUGGCUAUAAGAACCAUCCUAACUUAUCUUAUAGGAACAAUAAUACACUCAAUCCUACUCAAGCACCUCCAGGUUACCAAAAGCAAGGAGCACAACCAGCCGCACCUUAUCCACCAAGGAAGUCUAACUUCGAUAUUAUGAUGGAAAAAUUCUUAAACCAAAACAUUCACACUAAUGAAUUGGUAAAACAAUUAGCAACUAAGGUAGAUGCCCUAGCCACCCAUAACAAAAUGCUAGAAACACAGAUUUCCCAGGUGGCACAACAACAAGCAACUAUUGCCGCCCCAGCUGGCACAUUUCCAGGACAACCCGAGCCUAACCCAAAAGGGCAUGCGAAUGCCAUACAUGCUAUAAUCACAAGAAGUGGAAAGGAGUUGCAAGGACCACCUGAUUCUGGAGUAAAAAACUCAGAAAGCGCUAAGAUAACCAACAAGGAAGCCGAGAGUAGUGAACCACCAAAAGAGCUUGAGAGAGAAUCCGAAAAUCCCCAAUUAGGAGAUAAGGAGGGGACAACUAAAAAGCUUACACCUGCUGCACCACCUGUUUACAAAACACCUAUCCCUUUUCCUCAAAGAUUAGCUAAGACUAAAACUGAAGGACAUUUUAAGAAAUUUGUAGAACUUCUGAAGCAACUAAACAUAACCAUACCUUUCUCAGAAGCAAUAACACAAAUGCCAACAUACUCAAAAUUUCUUAAAGAAAUUCUAUCAAACAAGAGGAAAUUAGAUGAGGAUAGUACAGUCGCACUUACCGAAGAAUGCAAUGCAAAGGCUUCGAGAGAACACCAAAGAAGAAUAAACCCUAUCUUAAGCGAAGUAGUUAAGAAAGAAGUACUGAAACUCUUAGACGCAGGCAUAAUAUAUCAAAUAUCUGAUAGUAAGUGGGUCAGCCCUGUUCAUGUAGUACCAAAGAAGGGAGGACUAACAGUUGUCAAAAACGAGAAGGGAGAAUCUGUACCUAAGCGAGUGGAAUCAGGAUAUAGAAUGUGCAUCGACUAUAGAAAAUUAAACAAAGCCACUCGGAAAGAUCAUUUUCCUUUACCGUUCAUUGACCAAAUGCUCGAGCGUCUAGCUAAACACUCCUAUUUUUGUUAUUUAGACGGAUACUCUGGAUUUUUCCAAAUCCCGAUACACCCCGACGACCAAGAAAAGACCACCUUCACAUGCCCUGUAGGUACCUUUGCCUAUAGACGUAUGCCUUUUGGAUUAUGUAACGCCCCUGCAACCUUCCAACGAUGUAUGAUGGCGAUAUUCGCAGAUUUUAUAAACAAUAUCAUGGAAGUAUUCAUGGAUGAUUUUUCUGUGUAUGGGGAAAGUUUUGAAGGAUGUCUCGCUAAUUUAGAAUUGGUAUUACAAAGAUGUGUUAAAGUCAACCUAGUACUCAAUUGGGAGAAAUGUCAUUUCAUGGUUCGUGAAGGACUAGUCUUAGGACACAUAGUAUCCAAUAGAGGGAUAGAGGUAGACAAAGCUAAAAUAGAAGUAAUUGAAAACCUUCAACCUCCAAAAACAAUUAGAGAAAUACGAAGUUUUCUAGGACAUGCCGGUUUUUAUCGGCGAUUCAUUAAAGAUUUCUCUAAAAUAACCAAGCCUUUAACCGGUCUUUUAAUGAAGGACGCUGAAUUCAUCUUCGAUGAUAAAUGUAUGGAAGCAUUCCAGCUCCUUAAGCAAGCCUUGAUUUCCGCACCUAUAAUGCAACCUCCUGAUUGGAGUGAACCUUUUGAAAUCAUGUGUGAUGCCAGCGAUUACGCUAUAGGAGCCGUUCUUGGCCAAAGAAAAGACAAAAAGUUACAUGCUAUUUAUUAUGCAAGUAGAACUCUAGACGCGGCACAACUAAACUAUGCUACCACCGAAAAAGAACUCUUAGCUGUCGUAUUUGCAAUCGACAAAUUCCGCUCAUAUUUGGUAGGAUCUAAAAUCAUCAUUUACACCGAUCACGCAGCAAUCCGAUAUCUUAUGAGUAAGAAAGAUGCAAAACCAAGACUUCUAAGAUGGAUACUGCUGCUACAAGAAUUCGACCUAGAAAUCAAAGACAAGAAAGGCAUAGAAAAUACGGUAGCAGACCACCUGUCUAGAAUAGAUGAUACUAGGGAAGAACAUAUCCCAAUUAAUGAUGAUUUCCCCUGUGAUAGGUUAAUUGCCCAAUCUGACCUUCCUCCUAACAAAAAUAAAAUCAGCCAUGAAUACACAGAAACCGCAUUUGCACAAAUCAUUGUUCCAUGGUACGCUGAUUUCGCCAAUUACUUAGCCGCCGGAGUUUUACCACCUGAGCUAACCUAUCAAAAGAAGAAAAAGUUCUUUCAUGACGUCAAACAGUAUUAUUGGGAUGAGCCUCUCUUAUUUAAAAGAGGCGCUGAUGGAAUUUUUCGUCGGUGCAUCCCUGAAGAAGAAACAAGCGGCCAAGUUGAAGUCUCUAAUAGAGAAAUCAAAUCAAUCCUAGAGAAAACUGUUUCCACUUCUAGAAAGGAUUGGGCCGCAAAGCUUGACGAUGCUUUAUGGGCUUAUAGAACAGCUUACAAAACACCCAUAGGAACCACUCCAUUCAAACUCGUUUAUGGAAAGUCAUGCCACUUGCCGGUAGAAUUAGAACAUAAAGCCUAUUGGGCAGUUAAAACCCUUAAUAUGGAUUAUCAAGCUUCCGGUAGAAAAAGGAUAUUAGAUUUGCAUGAACUAGAGGAAUUAAGGUUAGACGCCUAUGAAAAUGCCAAAAUAUACAAAGAACGAACUAAAAAAUGGCAUGAUAGGCAUAUACAUAAGAGAGAAUUCAGAGUGGGAGAACUUGUACUCCUUUUUAACUCUAGAUUGCGAUUGUUCCCUGGAAAACUCCGAUCGCGAUGGUCGGGACCUUUUGAAAUCAAUAGAGUUUUCCAAAGCGGCGCUAUAGAAAUUAAAAGUCAGUCAAAACAAACAUUUAUUGUUAAUGGGCAGCGUCUAAAGCAUUACUAUAUCCCAAGCGAUGGAGAAUACUCCUCUAGCUUUAAGCUAGAUGAUCUCCCUCCGACAACUUAG